UGGUUCAAAAGAGCGAAUGAUGAGUAGCAGUAGACCUUUGGGUAGCGAUCUGUAGCUGUUAGGGAACAAUGUUUAUUUCUGUUUUAUCAGUGUCAGCUUAGCCACUUUUAAGUGAAAUUUACGCAGAUCUUAAGGGAGACUGUUAUAGAGGUGGGUAUAAAGGAAAUUUGCUGUUGCCAUGGCUACAAUAGAAAGACUGGUGAAGGCGUUUGAAGGCCUUAAGGUGUUUCAGCCUGGGGGUAGUGGAAGUGAUGAGACUAAGAAAAAAGAUCAACCACCAAGUAAAAAGGACAAAAUUCUUCAUUGUAAUGCUGUGGCUGACUGCAUUUGUGCACCAAAUAUGAGAACCAUAGCUGAUUUUCCCAAAUUUCUUGGCAUUGCUGUAGAAGCAUUUCUGACAUUAUGUGAUGAUCCUGAAGCAGAUGUCAGAAUGGUGGCUGAUGAAUGUUUGAACAGAACAAUUAAGACAUUACUUGAGACAAAUCUAGGUCGCCUGCAAGUGGAGCUAUAUAAAGAGAUUAAGAAAAAUGGGUCAUCAAGAUCACUUCGGGCAGCUCUUUGGCGAUUUGCAGACAUGUGUCACCUGAUAAGGCCUCAGAAGUGCAGACCAUACAUUGUGAACUUGUUGCCAUACAUCGCUCGUAUCUGUCGUCGGGAGGAAGAACCUAUUCAAGAAACUUUGUCCAGUGCCAUGCCAAAAAUUUGUUCUGCUCUUAUGGCCUUUGCCAAUGAGUCAGAAGUUAAGGCCUUGCUAAAGUCCUUUCUGUCCAACUUGAUGUCCUCAUCUGCUGUGUGUCGACGCAUGGCAGCUAGCAGUCUCUCCCUCAUCUGCCAGUAUUCACGGAGUCCAACCAGCUUCUUCACCUAUCUUAUCAACAUGAUACUAGAACUAGUGCUGCCAGUGGACCAAGAACAUGAUGUGUACACCAUUCUUGGUGUUAUUCUCUGUCUUCGUCAUGUGAUGCCUCAUUUGUCACGCUCUAACGGUAGUCAUGCUCAGGGCCUGAAGGACAGCUUUGGUUACAGAGAAGCAGAGAAAGAGGAGGGUGUCAGCACAGAACAGAUGAUCAAGAUUCUUCAGCUUUUACUGUACCAUGCACACCACCCUGAUCACAAUGUUGUCACAGCAGCACUGGAAGCUUUACAGCAAUUGUUAAAGAACCCGCACCCCGCCCUAUUGCAUGUGCUUCUGACCAAAGGUGGUAUAACAAGAACCCACAUCUACCAGGCAGAUUUUCAAGAAGCUGAGUUACGGGCAGAAAGUACUACCGAACUGCCGAGUAUGUCAGAUGACACUUGCCUAGAUGAAGACAUGGAUGGAUCAGAAGUAGAUAGUCGGAGCACAACUGAAUCCAGUUCCGGAACAUCUGCCUUUAUUUCUGAUUUUGAGUCUUCUUCACAAUCUGGCGAUGGCCAUACAGAGCUGGCUAAGAGUCCCGAUUUUUCACAGCCGUCAGUAGCAGUAAAGGAUCAAGAUUUCCUUGAUGCAAAUGUGUUGGUGACGGGCGACACUGAUUACUCUAACGUUGAGAUUGGUGAUCUAAAUGAGGAACGCUCAGAAAUGUCCACACUAUCCAUAGCAGCAGUAUAGAGACUUUAUUGAGCAUCAAGAGUAUCAGUCCUAA